AUCAAUCAUCAUCGAAUUUUUUUUUUUUUUUUUUGAAUAAAAAUGCUCAACGUUGAAACAGUGAGAAAAAUUUCACCAACAUCGAUGGAAUCGAUUCAUCCAUCAUUACGUAAAAAUAGCAGUACAAUUAAACCAGUAAAAGAAGAGGUGUUGUAUCUAAGUAAAUCGAUACAAUUGACUGAAUACACGUUUGAAGAUGAAAAUGGUAAAGCUAAAUCUGCUGAAGUAAUUCAUAAACGUUAUAUGGUCGGUGUCAAUAACAAUAACAACAACAACAACAACAGUAACGAUGUACAAGAAGAUACAAUAUUAAGUAUUGCAAUAUUAAAAAGACAUUGUCUAUGCGAUUGUUUGAUACUUGUACGACAAUAUCGUCCUACAUUGAAAUCGUAUGCAUUGGAAUUUCCAGCACGUAUUAUUGAACAACGUUAUAGCGAUAAAAGUGGUGAUGAAGCAGCUAAAGAGAUUGAAGAAAAUACUGGCUAUGGAUCGACUAAAAUUAAAUAUAUUACACCACAAACAGCUACUGAUCCAGAACUAUGCGAUAGUAAAGUGAAACUUGUAUCCAUGAUAAUCGAUGGUGAUGAUCCGAUUAAAAAUAAUUUUUUUCAUGCAAACAAUCCUAAAAAUCAAGAUCAACAACAGAAUGGCAACGAUAAUGAUAAUGAUAAUGAUAAUGAUAUUGAAAUCAUAUUAUUACCAAUCAAUGGACUAUUGGAUCGUUUGAAUGAAUAUUGUAAAAAUGGUACCAUUGUUGAUUCACGUGUGUAUGCAUUUGCAAUUGGAUUGAAAAAAGGUGAAAAAUUAAGUGAAAAUGUUUCGAAACCAGAAAAUAUUGAGAUCGCCAUCUAAAUGAAAUGCUAAACACUAUGGACCAAAAAUUUUUAUUUCCACAAAUUCAGUUAGAUACAACAACAACAACAACAACA